GUGAGAACUGCGACCAUCCACGAUGCCUUCGCGCUCUCGCCCAGGUCCUCCCGAGCUGGAGGAAGACUCGGGGCUUCGCAGUCUGUCCUUCAACCAGCCGCUCUCAUGGCGCGUGGGGCGCUCCGCCAUCCCCAUCGCGGAUCUCCUCGAACGUCUCCAGACUCUCGCGCAGGAACUCCGCAAACUCGACCAGGAGGAAAUUGAUAAGGAAUCGCUACGGAAAGUGUCCCAGGAACUCGCCAGUGGGAACUUGCUUGCCCACAAGGAUAAGGGUGUCAGAGCAUGGGCUACGUGCUGCAUCGUUGAUGUAUUGCGACUAUGCGCACCGGACGCGCCUUUUACGCGCAAUCAACUGAAGGAUAUAUUCACAUGUAUCGUGUCCUCGAUAAUCCCCGCUUUAGCCGACCCAUCCAACGCCUACAAUGCCCAGCACAUCUACGUCCUGGGGUCUCUCGCUGAGGUGAAGAGUGUGGUUUUGAUGGUCGAUCUUGACCACCCGGACUCGCUGAUUGUCCCGUUGUUCACCAGCUGCUUCGACAUCGUUUCGGGUUCUUCGAAAGCAUCCACCGGUGAGGAGGUGGCUAAGAAUGUCGAGUUUGAUAUGACCCGAGUACUUGUCACCGUGAUCGAUGAAUCGCUCGUCCUGGCCCCCGAGGUAGUGGACAUUAUCGUCGCCCAAUUCCUCCGAGUCGACCCGCGAGUGAUGGACAGCUCCAACAAGAAGGGAAAGCGACCAGAUGCCCCGCUUGAUGCCAAGCAGGACACCCUUCUACUGAAGGACUACCCGGCCGCCUAUAAUAUGGCCAAGGCUAUUUGCCAGGCCUGCCCAGAACGAAUGACCAGUCACAUCAGCCAGUACUUUAACAACGUCAUCAUCGAUGCGUCUGUGCCAGCUGCCCAAACGAAUGGCUCUAAGCAUUCCCGGAAACCUAACCUCGACGACUCGGACGAGGAGGGAGAGGAUAUUAAGGAAUUGAGCAAGGCACAUCGUCUGAUCCGGGAGCUUUGGCGUGCUUGUCCAGAGGUCCUGCAGAAUGUUAUUCCGCAGAUUGAAGCAGAACUCUCUGCCGAAUCAGUGGCCCUACGUUUAUUAGCGACUCAGACGAUCGGAGACCUCGCGGCCGGAAUCGUGUCACUGGUAGAUUACGACAAGACCAUUCCCCAGCUCAAUGUUUUGUUGACCCCCGUAUCACCCAAGCCUUUCUCUCAAGUCCACACCUCGGCCUACGAAGCCUUCUUGAGCCGUCGCCUUGACAAGACACCAUCAGUUCGUGCUGCCUGGGUCACAGUUGUGGGGCGAAUCCUUCUAACUUCAGCUGGAGGCUCUGGCCUACAUGAAAGCGAAGAACGCAGCCUUGUCAGAAAUCUGGCCUCGAUGCUCCGCGAUGUUGAUGAGAAGGUUCGUGUGGCUGCAGUGGAUACUGUUGGGCAAUUUGGGCUUUCCCAAAUCGCCAACAAGCUAAGUGUGGAUGGUGGCUGUUCAUCACCAGACUCGGUUCUUGCUAUUCUUGCUGAGCGAGUGAAGGAUCGUAAGCCGCAUGUCCGUGAACACGCCAUGAAGAUUUUGGCUCGCAUGUGGGCCGUAGCUGCUGGUGACAUCGAGCAAAAUACGGAGCCCGUCGUGUCCCUUCUCAAAGACGCACCAUCCAAAAUAUUUGAUGCAUUUUACACCAAUGAUCAAGAAAUCCAUAUUCUGAUCGACCGAGUCCUGUUUGAGACGCUUCUGCCACUUCCUUAUCCCCCUAUCAAGUCGAAACUCUCUCGAGGCAACUCGAACCAAUCACAAAAGCAGAAGGAUAGUCAGGCAUCUGAACCGGAGCAAGAGACAGAUGUUGACAAGAUUCGUGUUCGCCGAAUUCUUACCCUGCUCCGAGGGUUGGAUGAAAAAGCGAGGCGAGUCUUUUUCGUUAUGUUGGCCCGUCAAUUGUCAAUGAGAUCGGCAGUGACCCUUUACUUAGAGGCUUGUGAGAAGUACAAUGGUGGUGUUGUCGACAAGGACGAGGAACAGAUUAAGACACAAUUGUCCAAGAUCAUUGAGUCAUUAUCCAAAACCUUCCCAGAUGCCUUGCGCGCAUCGACAGACUUGUGGAAGUUUGCCAAGGUGCAUGAUCGACGGAGCUAUCAGCUGGUUCGCUUCACCAUGGCUGCUGAGAUGUUGAAACAAAUAUCAUCUCAAAAUCCGGAAGUUCUAGAGGCACAGGUCCAAGAAAUGUGCAAAGACCUCGAGGCUCAAGCCCCCAAGGCUUCUUCGGCUGGUGAUGGCAGUCCCGAAGACAUUUUGAAGGCUUGUGCUGGUUUCGCUAAAAAGCUUCCCGCUAAACUUCCCAAAGAGCGCAAGUUCUUCCAGGCUCUGGCCAACUACGCCCUUUACAGUUCAUCGCCGCAUUCUGCAAAACAUGCUGUCUCAAUUCUCAUGGCCACGGCGGACCGAAGAGAGAUGUAUGCGAAAGAUUUGGUGCAGAAGUGUGUUGAGAAGUGGACGUACGGAUCUGAUCGAUUCCUUACUCGCCUGGCUGCUCUGUCGCAGCUGAACCUCCUUGCCCCGAGAGAAGCAGACGAAGAAAGCGAUGCUAUCAUUUCGAUUGCCAUCAACCAGAUCCUGCUCACCAAUCGCACCCCCGAACCAAACUCUGAAUAUAACUGGUCAGAGACAGUUGAUGAUGAGACCCAUGCUAAAGAAUGGGCAUUGAAAAUCAUCGUCAACCGCCUUCGGGCUAAGGAUGGGGCAGACAAUGAAGCUGACUUCCGUGCCCACGCAAAGCCUGUCUACGAAACAUUGAAUAAAUUGGUGGUCGGUGAAGGCGAGAUUUCUAAGAAGAAAGAUACCCCUGCGUGCCAAAAGUCACGCCUUCGCCUCCUCGCUGCCAAGUCUUUGCUCAAACUGUGUGCUUCUAGCACUGUCUGUGACAGUCUUCUGACGCCGUCCGAUUUUAACACAGUCGCUUUGGUUGCCCAAGAUCAGCUCUUGCAGGUGCGAAGUGGAUUCAUCAACCACCUGAAGAAGAAACUCGUGCAAAAGUCACAUCUGAGCCACCGAUGGUACAUCGUCCCCUGUUUGCUUGCUUUCGAACCUGUUCAUAGUCUGAAAGAGAGCACGCUUACAUGGCUACGAUCCCGAGCGGCAUACUUCGCCCAACAGGCGCAAGCCAGUGGGAAACGAACCGAACAGACCAUGGUCAUGGAAUUGAUCUUUUCGCGUCUCCUGUCUUUGCUUGCUUACCACCCUGAUUACCCGUCCGAGGAUCUGGACGAGCAACGAAACUCGGCGAUCUGA